AAUACAAAGGCUUUUACGUUAUGUACAUUCUCUUAAUAGUUAUGCUGAAGAAAGUUGUACCCCUUUUUCCACCAUGAUGUUUGGUUCAAAUCCAUAAUUAAAGGCAAUACAAGCUUUGCCUUUAUUAACAAAAAAAAUUCACAACAGUUCCAUGUAACAGGCUACUAUGGUAUUGAGAAGAGUUUUGUUAACUAUAAGCAUGUGUCUUCAGUACAGGUUUCAAUACAAGUGCCUUACCACUGUUCCACUGGUUGCAGCGGUAGCCUAGACCAGCUGCUUGCAUUUUAACCACUCUGUUUAAAGCAAGUGUAAAUGACAGACUGAUUAAAACACUGACAACUGUCUGGUGCCUCGUCUAAACUAGAGCUUCCACUGUUGACAUCAUGAGUGCAGGUGCGCAGUCUGAAAUUUGUAAAAACACAAAAUCUAAGCCGCAACACUGAUCAGAUUGUAAAACACUGUUUUACAAGAGAAAGGAAAAUUGUAAUCUGAAAGUUGCUGAAUGUUUAGCUUGGAGAUUGGCAGCAAAAUUCCAGUUGCUUUACAAAUGCCAUGCUUCAAGGUCCUAGACAUAUCAGAAACUGAUAACCGAUCAACUGAUCCUUUUUUGGGCAAGUUUCAGAUGAACUCUAGGCAGGUUGCUUUGCAGAAGCUCUGAUUUUCCUGACAUCAUCAGUGAAUGGACUUUAAAAUUAGAUUUCAAAAGUCUACUGGACACGUUCUAGGCUGGUCUAAAGAGCAGGACACAUUUCCAAGAGUGAACAAAGCAGCUAGACAGAUCCAAUCUGCCUAUACUUCAAGGGGUAUUAUAUUUAAAUGAGCAAAUUCUGCUCAGCGCAAGUCUUCUCUUAGAAUGGCAGAGGCAGCAAUCCAAUUUCUCCGUGUCUGCGUGCAACUGCUUGCCCUGCCCAUAUACCUGCUGUCGUUCCUGGGCAUAUGGAAACCUUUUGGUAGUAAGGUAUUCUUUCCCUUUUUCAUGGAGAGGUUCUCUGAAUAUUACAACCAGAAAACAUCAGUGCAGAAAUGGGAGCUGUUUCACAACCUGCAGGAGUUCACAGGCUCUUUGGAAGCACUGAGGCUGUUGGAAAUUGGAACCGGCACUGGCACCAACUUCCAAUUCUAUCCACCUGGCUGUAGAAUUACCUGUUCAGACACAAACAGCAACUUCCAGAGUGGUCUUUCCAAGAGCAUGAACCAAAACCAGCACCUGCAGUUUGAGGACUUCCUGGUGGCUCCAGCGGAGAACUUGAACCAGGUGGCUGAUGGCUCCAUGGAUGUAGUGGUCUGCACCUUGGUCCUGUGCUCUGUGCAGAAUGUAGAGGAUGUCUUGAAAGAAGUUAAGAGAGUGCUCAGACCAGGUGGUGCUUUCUACUUCUUAGAGCACGUGGCUGCAGAUCAUUCAAGCUGGAGCUAUUUUUGGCAGCAAGUCCUCUAUCCAGCCUGGAACCUUGUGUUUAACGGAUGCUGCCUGACGAGAGAGCCGUGGAAAGAGAUAGAAAAGGCCAAGUUUUCAGAAGUAAAGUUACAGCACAUAAGUGUGCCCUUAUGGUGGGCUCCUCUUGAGGCUCAUGUAAUCGGAUAUGCUGUGAAAUAAUUCUCUGUAUGGUUUAAAAUUUGAAUUGGUUGGCUUCUGUGGAAAGCAUAUAAUUAAUCUGGCAAUCAGGA